AUGGGGAACGAAAGCCCUGACCCAUUAGUGGGUGACCCUUUGACUCUUUCCGAUAGAGAAAGAGACAGUGAACCCAAUGAGAUUGGAGAUGAUGAAGAGAUGCUUCUGCUACAAAUGGCGGGAUCCAAUACUGAACCUGUCUCGCCUAUUCUCAACGCAGUCCUGGGGAAGGGUUCAAAAUUAAACCAAACAGCCAACCCCAACCAACCCGCGGCGUCACUUGUACAACGCCCACGGAGCUCCGGCAUUGACCUGACAGCUUUCUCUUUUGCCAGACCUGCACAGCAUGGAAAGGCAUUUACCCUUCAUCCACCAGUCAAGCAAGCUUCAGCUGUUCCUGCGCCUCACAACAAUAGCAUCAUGCAAACGGAGCAGAAUGGAACCAGAAAGCCCGAUCGUACAACUCAUAAUCACCAAUCAAAAUUUCUACAGUCACCCAGACAGGGCACAGCAAAGUUGACAAAGACGUGUGUUGCUGAGCGCCUAGCACACGAGGAUGGGAGAAGCGUUUCACUUUCCCCUACAAAUAACAGGUCAAGAGUAUUGAAGCGCCGCCGAUCAGGUGGAAAAAGAAUCACCUCAAGACAACCCGCCUUUGGCAACGGCAAUGCAGACCUGUCUGAGGAGGACCUAUUCCAGCUCUUGUUUGUCAAGAUCAAGGCCCGAGAAGAGAAUGACGUCGUCGCUUCCAAUGAGAAAGAACAGUUAGAGGCCAAUAUUUCCGAGCUCACGCAAGAGAAUAAUGCUUUGAGAAGCCAGCUCGACGUCUUCAGUAAUGAGUUACAGCAAAGGACAUCGGAGUCCAAGGCGUACAAAACUCAGGUAGAGGCUUGGAAGGCGAAAAUAGCGAAGUUUAAAUACAUCCUUAACGAGCUGGCUUCUGGUUACAAAGCACUUCGCGUGGAAACAACUCAGCUCAAACUGACAAAAACAUCACUAGAUAGAGAUAAAGCGGAAAUAAAAGGCACAAUUGCUGAUACCAGGGAACAGUUGUUCCAUGCUUCCAGUACAGUUGAGAAGAGUCAAAGUUGUCUUGUGGAAUCACAAACUUUGAUCAACUCCAUGAAGCAGGCUUUGAAAAAUGCAGAGGAAAAGACACACUCUGUUCAGGAGCGUUUAUCCGACGAAAAGAAAAGAUCGUCCUUGCUAGAGACGUAUAUACAAGACAACUCACGUCUUCAGGCGAAAAGGAUAGGCCUUAUCAGGGCUGACCAACUCGAAAUGCUAAGAAAGCUUGAUUCAGGAUUUGAGACUGUGGCAAAGCAUGUUGACGUAUCUCAAACAUCUGCACAAACAAUCAUAAAGCAGACACUAGAAGAGUUUCAUUUGUCAUUUAGGCGCAUGGGUGAGAAUCAUGCCCAAGGAAAGAUGGACUUUGAGCAGUGUAAAGCGACUUUUCAGGAGUGUUCGUCUCAGAUUAAAUCUCUUACGGAAGACUUAGCAGCAGUCAUCGAAAGAAGCUUUAAAGUGAAUGAAGAUAGGGCACAGCUUCUAACAGAGCAGCUUCGGUCUGUUGAGGAAAAUGUGGGAGGUGAGUCUGCUCUACUCAAACGGCUUUCCGCAAGUGAAGUCACAUGUACCACUCUACAAGAAAGUCUUGAAGCUUGUGCACCAAGCAUUGAUAAGCUCGGUUCCUUCUUGGAGGGCGCUCGGGAGAAAGAGAAUAGCCUCGCUCGGCAAAUGGGACAGCUCGAAAUCCGACUAUCUGAGUUGCAAACCCCAGAAACAACCGAACCUACAGCCGCUGAAUUUAAAGAAAGAGUUGAACAUGAACUAAGGAUACAGCAACUAUCAGAUGAGCUGAGAACAGCCGAAGAACGCCUCAGGAGCAGAGCGAUUGAAAAUGAAGAGAUGAGGCUGUCAUUGCUCGAAGCCGUUACAAAAGGUCAGGAAGCAGAAGGCCGCGCAAACAAAUUCGAAUCAGAGGCAAUCGCACUCCAAGACGAAAUUAAGGUCAUAGAGUCCAAAAUCCGCGAAGAGCUUAAUAGGGCCAGCGUUAUCUCUCGAGAUCAAUAUAGAGUCAAGUAUGAACAACAAAUUCAUGAACUGUUAAGAGAGAAGAGCGAACUCUGCAAAAGUAUUGAAAAAGUCCGAGAUGAAUUAAUGGAGGCACAAAAAGCACUAGGGUUAGCGAAAGAUGAACAGAUAAAAGCCCUUGAAAGCAAGUGUAUUGAGAAAGAGAACUCACUUGCGGAGCAAGCUGCAGAGGUCAGCCGACUUCGAGAAAUGGAAUCAUCGAUCGCAACGCAGCAGUCAUGCAUGCAAAGACAGCUCCAUGAAGCUAACGAAAAAGCUGCAAGCCUUGAAAAGGAGCUCAUCGUGGUCAAGGAAGAGAGCAGUGCCUCAUAUAAGCUGUCACAAGAAAAAUUUGACAUACUUCAGAAAAACCUCCUAGUGAAGGAAGAAGAGUGCACAAGAAUCCAAAAGGAGCUAUCAGUGGAAACAUCAGCCAGGUUGAGCCUCGAGACUGGAAAGUCGAAGGCGAAAUCCGAGAUACACACUCUGCUUCGGCGAGUCCAAGAUUCAGAACACUGGGUAAAGAAGAUUAAAGAAUCACUUGAUCAGGUGGACGCUUUAUCACCCAAGGAACCCUUCUCUGAGACUUGGAACAGGCUGAUAGCGCUCCUACAGCCAUUAGGAGUGAAGAACAGCCUAGAAGCUACUCCAUUGAAUGAGCCUACGGAUGAAGGUGCCCUUAUUUGCCGGAAUGCUGAUGCUGCUAAUACAUCUAUCGCCUCAACGCCUCAACAAAGCUGUAGAGCUUUGGAAAACGACGUUGUCCAAACCACAGAACUUAUCUAUCGAACACAGAGUUUCCAGAGAAGUGUCUAUUCCUCUCCAGCCAAUGAGAGUCUGAAAGCUAGGGUGGCUGAUGUGAAACUUCCAUGCAUCCCGGACUCACAGCAGUCUAACAGCAUUGUACCAUUUUCAAGCAUUCGACAGCUAUCUCCAACAUGUUCAGUAUCCGACCAAGUUCCGAUCGAAUUUGCAGCCAUGCUAGUUUCGACACCAGAGGAAAAUAUCGUUACUGAAAAACCUGAUAUACUGACUAAUUCAAAUAGGAGCUGUCAAGUGGCAGCCAACUCCGCUGAGAAACAGGAUGCUGCAAGAACAGAGGAUACGAAAGAACGGUCGAGUGAAAGCACUCCAUUAGGAAAAAUGGAUCAGCAUUCUGGUGCUAGCCAGCCAGCUAGCCAGCUUCCUCACAUCCCGGAAGAUAUGGAAACUUCCGCGGUAACGCCAAAAGCAGUCACAUUUGAAACGGACAUUCCAUCGACAAGCAGGGAAAAGCGCAAGGCUUCAGACUCUGAAAACUGCCACGAGCAGAAAGAUACAUCGCAAAUGCCGCUACCUGGUCGAAUGAACCGAAGAACCUAUAGUAGGAAUCGGCAGACGCCUCAAGUGCGCAGCCAAGAGCAGUUCGCGCAUCAGAAUUACUUGCCUCCUUUAAGUAGUAAAGCCUUGGACCACGAUAGCGCUGAAAGGCCAGACUCUGCCAACAAAAGAGCUAGGGGCCCGACCUCACCCCAGCCGAGACGCCUGACAAGAGCUGAUUCUAGAUGCUUUGAGCGUAAGACAAGUCCUACGAGUCUCGCGUCUGGUAGCAGUCGACAUUCUUCUAUGAAUGGAAACCGCUCCAAUAAUCAAAGGUGGCCAGCUCGUGGAGGAAGAAGAACAAGAGGUAAAUACCUGUCCGAGUCAACAAGGUUGCACAUGGUAUCGUUACUGAGUUGUCUAAGGUAA